UCCUCGCUCAGUCCUGCCCUGUCUGCUCCAUUGAUGGGGCGGUGAGGAUGCCAAGGCACGACAAUCUCCUGCAGACUUUUCUUUACAUGACUUCACUGAUUUAACCUCUUUUUUUUAUUUAACCUGUUUGCUGCUGCCAUGCUGCGGGUUGUAGUGGAGUCGGCUAAGGGGCUGCCUAAGAAGAAAGUUGGAACUCCUGAUCCAAUUACCUCUGUGAUUUUUAAAGAUGAGAAGAAGAAAACGAAAUCGAUUGACAGCGAGUUGAAUCCUGUAUGGAAUGAGGUGCUUGAGUUUGACCUAAAGGGAAUUCCACUGGACUCCAGCUCCUACAUAGACGUGAUUGUUAAAGACUAUGAAACUAUUGGGAAAGACAAAUUCCUUGGGUCAACCAAAAUCUCUUUGAGAGAUCUUGCUGCAGGUCAAGUGAGGUCACUGCCAUCCAAAAAUGUUCCUUUGGUCAAUGAAAGUGGACAGAACAUUGGAGCUACAAUCAACCUCGUGAUUGGCUACGAUCCUCCAGCCAAUGCUGCACCAAACCCAAAUGACCCUCAAGCUGGAGAUGCUGCAGUGGAUGCUGAAGAUGGUGGUGAUGGUGGUGGUGAUGAAGGUGUUGAGACUCUACCAGAUGGAGGUCAAGGUGGCUCUGCAGGCGUGUCCUCCCCUGGUCAGUCUGUUAGCCUUCGAAGGAGGGUGGCCCGGGCACAGAAUCGCCACCGACUCAUAAACAAGCCUCAGGACUUCCAGAUUCGUGUCCGGAUCAUCGAGGCCCGUCAGUUGUCUGGCAACAACAUCAAACCAGUAGUGAAGGUUAAUGUGUGUGGACAGACCCACAGGACGAGGAUCAAGAGAGGAAACAACCCUUUCUUUGAUGAGAUGCUGUUCUACAAUGUCCACAUGCUACCAUCAGAUCUGUUUGAUAAGAACAUUAGUUUCCGGGUGUAUAAUUCCUAUUCUCUGAGGGCUGACAGUCUCAUGGGAGAAUUUGAGCUGGACGUUGGUUAUAUUUAUGAUGAACCAGCCCACUGUGUUAUGAGGAAGUGGCUCCUGUUGAACGAUCCAGAUGACUCCAGCUCCGGGGCUAAAGGAUACCUGAAAGUCAGCCUCUUCGUAGUGGGGACUGGAGAUGAGCCUCCGGCGGAGAAGAGGGAGUCUAAUGACGACCAGGAUGACAUAGAGAGUAAUCUGCUGCUGCCGGCAGGUGUGACUCUGCGAUGGGCUACCCUGUCGCUGAAGGUGUUCAGAGCUGAGGACGUUCCCCAAAUGGAUGAUGCUUUUGUCCAAAGCUUGAAAGAAUUUUUUGGAGGAGAUCAAAACAAGAAGAACCUGGUGGAUCCCUUUCUGGAGGCUCGCUUUGCUGGCAGAAAGCUGAAUACUCAGGUCAUUGAGAAGAAUGCAAACCCUGAGUGGAACCAAGUACUGAACCUUCAAGUUAAGUUCCCUUCCAUGUGUGAGCGUGUCAAACUGACUGUGUUUGAUUGGGAUCGUUUGACAGGAAACGAUGCCAUUGGCACCACAUACCUGAACCUUUCCAAGAUAGCCUCCUCUGGUGGAGAGAUAGAAGAGGAACAUGCGGGAAAUGGGGAAAUACCAUCAUAUGAAGCUACUUCAGGGGAGUCCGAGGUGGGUUUCCUGCCUGUAUUUGGGCCCUGCUAUGUCAACCUGUAUGGCAGUCCCAGAGAAUUCACCGGCCUACCAGAUCCCUAUGAAGAUCUCAACUAUGGCAAGGGAGAAGGAGUGGCCUACAGGGGCAGGAUUCUGGUCGAGCUGUCCACCAAGCUAGAGGGGAAAGCAGAGAAAACAGUAGACAGCAUCCACAGUGAUGACAUCCUGGUGGCACAGAAAUACCAGCGGAGGAGAAAGUACUGCCUGUGUGCCGUCUUCCACAGCGCCUCCAUGAUUCAGGAACCUGGAGAACCAAUCCAGUUCGAGGUCAGCAUCGGUAACUAUGGCAACAAACUGGACACCACCUGCAAACCACUGGCCUCCACCACUCAGUACAGCUGUGCAGUGUUUGAUGGUAACCACUAUUACUACCUGCCCUGGGCAGAUACUAAGCCAGUGGUUGUAGUUACCUCAUACUGGGAGGACAUCAGCCACCGUUUGGACACUGUCAACAUUAUCCUCUACAUUACUAACCGCCUGCAAUCCAACCUGGAGGCAUUUAAAACUGCCAUGGCGGCUAAAGUCUCCGACAAUAAACUAGUAGAGGUGUGGCUGAAGUUGCUCAAUCAGCUAAUUGAAGACCUGGAGAGUUUCUCAACACCUGAGCUGGAGGGGCACGCUAACCUGACGUCUCUGGACAUCCAGAUGAAGAAGCUCAGAGACAGCGCUUUGACAACCAUCAGAGAAGGAGCCAGACGCAUGAGAGAGGAAGCCGCAGAGAUCCGUGACACUCUGUCAGACUUAGAGGAAUGGGCUGACAAACUGAAAAUGCUGGCCGAGGAGCCCCAGAACAGUAUGCCUGACGUGAUCAUCUGGAUGCUGCGGGGUGAGAAGAGAGUCGCCUACAGCCGAAUCCCAGCUCACCAAGUCCUCUAUUCCACAUACAGCGAGCAGGCCUGUGGACAGCACUGUGGCAAGACACAGACUGUGUUUUUACAGUACCCCAUGGACAAGACCAAAGGCUCAAAGGUGCCUGUUCAGAUUAGAGUCAACAUGUGGCUGGGUCUGUCUGCGCAUGAGAAAAAGUUCAACUCGUACUCUGAGGGAACCUUCAGCGUGUUUGCUGAGCUGUACGAAAACCAGGCCAAGGUAUUUGGGAAGUAUGGAACCACAGGACUGGUGGGACGCCAUAAAUUCUCAGAUGUAACAGGCAAACUGAAGCUGAAACAAGAGUACUUUAUGCCACCCAGAGGAUGGGAGUGGGAGGAGGACUGGUUCAUUGAUCCAGAGAAAGCUUUGCUAACAGAAGCAGAUGCGGGACACACUGAGUUCAUGGAUGAAGUUUUCCAAAAUGAGACCCGGUUUCCUGGUAGAGAGUGGAAAGCAGCCUCUGAGCCCUUCACUGACGUGAAUGGGGAGAAGAGUCGCAACCCUGGAGAGUUUGAUUGCCCUCCAGGUUGGAUGUGGGAGGACGAAUGGACUGUGGACGACAACAGAGCUGUGGAUGAUCAAGGCUGGGAGUAUGGAGUGACCAUUCCUCCAGAUGACAAACCUCGAUCCUGGGUCUCUGCAGAGAAGGUUUACCACGUCCAUCGCAGGAGGAGGCUGGUUCGACCUCGAAAGAGAACUGCAGGAGCCGGAGCAACUAUGGAGAGGAGAGAACAAGGUGACCCUGAAGGCUGGGAAUUCUCAUCUCUGAUUGGCUGGAAAUUCCAUAGAAAGGAGCGGUCAUCGGAUACGUUUCGACGAAGGCGCUGGAGGCGAAAGAUGGGACCGGAAGAUCGCCUCGGAGCGUCCGCCAUCUUCCAGCUGGAGGGAGCGCUGGGAGUUGAUACAGAGGAGAAAGAGAAAGGCUCCAAGGCUGAUACCACCAAGAUGUUUGGUGCCAACACGCCCACUGUGUCCUGCUCCUUUGACAGAUCGUACAUGUACCAUCUCCGUGUCUACGUCUAUCAGGCUCAGAACUUGACAUCUAUGGACAAAGAUAGUUUUUCUGAUCCGUACGCACACGUUUCCUUCCUGCAUGUCAGUAAGACAACAGAGAAGCUCAGAGCAACACUGAACCCAACCUGGGACCAAACUCUGAUUUUCAAUGACAUAGAAAUUCACGGAGACCCCAGAAAUGUUGCCUCCCAUCCCCCUGAUGUUGUACUGGAGUUCUUUGACCAUGACCAAGUGGGGAAGGAUGAGAUGCUGGGCCGCAGUAUUUGCACCCCACUGGUGAAACUGAAUCCCAGCAUGGACGAGACACCCAAGCUGCUGUGGCAUCCCAUCAUCCAGAAGGGGCAGAAGGCAGGGGAGGCACUUGUGGCUGCUGAACUCAUUCUUAAAGACAAGUCAAGUGAGUCAGAUCUGCCCCUGGUUCCUCCAAAGCGAGCCGAGAACCUCUACAUGGUUCCUCAGGGCAUCCGGCCUGUGGUGCAGCUCACUGCUGUGGAGAUUCUCGCAUGGGGCCUGAGAAACAUGAAAACAUACCAGUUGGCCUCGGUGUCUUCGCCCAGCCUUGUGGUGGAGUGUGGCGGCCAGAGGGUGGAGUCAGCUGUCAUCAAGAACAUGAAAAAGAGCCCCAACUUCCCCAGCUCGGUCCUCUUCAUCAAAGUGCUCCUUCCAAAGGAUGAGAUGUACACUCCUCCCAUUGUGCUGAAGGUGAUCGACCACCGUCCGUUUGGCAGGAAGCCUGUGGUGGGUCAAUGCACCAUCACUUCUCUGGAGGACUUCAGAUGUGACCCAUAUGUCAUCACUGCAGAGGGAGCCAUGGCCACUAAGAUGUCUCUGAUGGUGGCCUCAAAGCCCAAAGAUGUUUCUAUCAUCAUGGAGGAGACAAGACCGCUGCUGGAAACUCAGGAAAAAGAGACAAUUGAUUGGUGGAGUAAAUUCUAUGCUUCAACUGGAGACCGGGAGAGAUGUGGUCCUUACCUCAAGAAAGGAUAUGAUACUCUCAAAGUCUAUGACUGCGAGUUGGAAGAUGUCCAAGAAUUCAAAGGGUUGACUGAUUUCUGCAACACUUUCAAACUGCAGCGAGGCAAGAAUGAAAAUGGGGACGAGGACCCAACUGUGGUCGGAGAGUUCAAGGGUUCAUUUAAGGUGUACCCCCUCUCAGAUGACCCAGGUGUUGCUCCCCCACCCCGUCAGUUCAGAGAGCUGCCAGACAGUGGACCUCAGGAGUGUCUGGUCAGGAUUUAUGUGGUUCAAGGCAUAGACCUGCAGCCUAAAGACAAUAAUGGCAGAUGUGAUCCAUACAUAAAGAUAUCUCUGGGAAAAAAUACAAUCGAAGACAGAGAUCAUUACUUACCCAACACCAUCAGCCCCGUGUUUGGAAGGAUGUUUGAGAUGACAUGUUUCCUGCCCCAGGACAAGGACCUGAAAAUCUCAGUCUACGACUAUGACCUCCUGAGUCGAGACGAGAAGGUCGGCGAGACAGUGAUUGACCUGGAGAACCGCUUCCUGUCUCGAUAUAACUCCUACUGUGGCCUUCCACAGACCUACUGCAUUUCUGGUAUCAACCAAUGGAGAGAUCAGAUGAAACCGUCUCAGAUCCUUGAGAACCUGGCUCGCCUUAAAGGACUGUCCAAACCCAGGACUGAAGAUAACGGCACCUCACUCACCUUCAAUGGCAAAGACUACACACUGGAUCAGUUCGAGCACAACAAGGAAAUCCAUCAGCACCUGGGUCCACCCCGUGAACGUCUCUGUCUGCACAUGCUCAGAACACAAGGGCUCGUCCCCGAACACGUGGAGACUCGGACCCUUUACAGCAGCUUCCAGCCCAAUCUGUCUCAGGGGAAGCUCCAGAUGUGGGUGGAUGUUUUCCCCAAAAGCAUUGGAGUCCCUGGGCCCCCGUUUGACAUCACACCUCGCAAGCCUAAGAAGUAUUUCCUGCGUGCCGUCAUCUGGAACACCACAGAUGUGAUUCUGGAUGAGACCAGCAUCACUGGAGAACACAUGAGUGACAUCUAUGUCAAAGGCUGGAUGCCAGGCAUGGAGGAGGACAAGCAGAAGACUGAUGUCCACUACAGGUCUUUGGAUGGAGACGGCAACUUUAACUGGCGGUUCGUCUUUGGCUUUGACUACCUGCCAGCUGAACAACUCUGUCUCGUGUCCAAGAAGGAACACUUCUGGAGUCUUGACAAAACAGAGUUCAGGAUUCCCCCCAAGCUGAUUGUUCAGAUUUGGGAUAAUGACAAAUUCUCACUGGAUGAUUAUCUCGGCGCUCUGGAGCUGGAUUUGCGUAACCUUGUUGCUCCUGCGAAGACCCCAGAGAAGUGCUCUCUGCAGAUGAUGGAUGGUCUGGACAUAGCAGCACCAAACAAGCAGGAAAACACCAAAUCUCUGUUUGCUCAGCAGUCGGUCCGAGGCUGGUGGCCUUGUUACAUCGAACAGGACGGGAAGAAGGUCCUGGGUGGAAAAGUGGAGAUGACAUUAGAGAUUGUAAGUGAAGCAGAUAUUGAUGAGAGACCUGCAGGAAAAGGAAGGGAUGAACCCAACAUGAACCCAAAACUGGACCCUCCCAAACGUCCAGAAACGUCCUUCUUUUGGUUCACCAACCCGUGUAAGACCAUGAAGUUCAUUGUGUGGAGAAGGUUCAAGUGGGUCUUCAUCGGACUCAUCCUCCUCAUCCUAGUGCUGCUUUUCAUUGCCAUCCUGUUGUACUCUUUACCGAACUACAUCUCAAUGAAGAUCGUGAAGCCAUUUAAGUAACUUUCCAAUGGAGGAGUAGCUAGAGAAAAGUGUAAAAUACAUUUCAACAUAUCAACACAAUAUCAACUCUACAUUAGUUUUUUUUUACUGCCUGUAUGUCUUAUUAAUGGGAAGGGGUGCUCGCACAUUUGCACUAUAUCAAUGCACAAACAUUUUGUCGACACUAUUAAACUGGGACAGACUUGGGAGCAUUACAUUAAGACCUGGACAUCUGUGGUCUCUAUCUGGAAUACGGAAAGCUCUGUACCUUGUAAUGCGAUCCAAUCCAAAGUCCAGUAAGAAAGCGCUACAGUUUUGUUACAAACAUUGUCGAACAAGUGUUGAUCCAGCACUUUGUGGGUUGUAAGAUGGUAUUUAGUGGUUACAUUGUCCUGGAUUGAAUGUUUCCACUGUUAUCACGGUGUUCUGUAGCCUUAUUACAUGCCUGUUCCAUUAGUCGCAAAUUAGAAGUUUCCAUUUUUUCUUAUCUUUCAAUGUAAUCAUACCAAAUGCAAGCAAAGAAGCAUUUCUGUCAUGUCAA